AACCUGAACUUCACUGGCUUCCGCAAGAUCUUGAAGAAGCAUGACAAGAACCUGGAGACAGCACGGGGAGCAGAAUGGCGGGUGGCUGAGGUGGAGGUGGCCCCCUUCUACACCUGCAAGAAGAUCAACCAGCUUAUCUCAGAAACAGAGGAAGUGGUGACCAAUGAGUUAGAAGAUGGAGACAGACAGAAGGCUAUGAAACGUUUGCGUGUCCCACCCUUAGGAGCAGCUCAGCCUGUACCAGCCUGGACUACAUUCAGGGUUGGAUUGUUCUGUGGGUUGUUCAUUGCACUGAACGUCACUGUCAUACUUUCAGGUGUGGCUUUUAUAGAGGGACCAAAUGUGUGGCCACUAGUGAGAAUCUAUCGAGGUGGCUUUCUCCUGAUAGAAUUCCUCUUUCUCCUGGGUAUCAACACAUAUGGCUGGAGACAGGCUGGAGUGAAUCACGUCCUCAUUUUCGAACUCAAUCCCCGCAGCAACUUGUCCCAUCAACAUCUGUUUGAGAUUGCUGGUUUCCUGGGGGUUCUGUGGUGCCUGAGCCUGCUGGCAUGUAUAUAUGGUAAAUUCACCUACAUCCCUAUGCAGGUGAAUCCACUCAUCUUGUAUGGCUUCAUGUUGCUUUUUCUCAUCAACCCUACCAAAACCUUGUACUACAAGUCCCGUUUUUGGCUGCUCAAACUAUUGUUUCGAGUGUUCACUGCUCCCUUCCACAAGGUAGGCUUCGCAGAUUUCUGGCUGGCUGAUCAGCUCAACAGCCUGGUGGUGAUACUCAUGGAUCUGGAAUACAUGAUCUGCUUCUACAGCUUUGAGGUUCAGUGGGAGGACAAUGCGGGACUUCUGGCGAAUACAGAUAAUCAGAUUUGUUACAGCUACUCCUACGGAGUGAGAGCAGUUGUCCAGUGCAUCCCUGCUUGGUUGCGAUUCAUCCAGUGCCUGCGCCGUUACCGUGAUAACAAACGGGCCUUUCAUCUGGUUAAUGCUGGAAAAUAUUCCACCACCUUCUUCGUGGUGACAUUUGCAGCUCUCUACAGCACUCACAAAGCUAAAAACCACAGUGACACCCAAGUGUUCUUCUACCUGUGGAUUAUCUUCUAUUUCAUCAGCUCAUGCUAUACCCUAAUUUGGGACCUGAAGAUGGACUGGGGUCUCUUUGACAAAAAUGCUGGUGAAAAUACCUUUCUUCGAGAAGGAAUUGUCUACCCACAGAAAGCAUACUACUAUUGUGCCAUUGUAGAAGACGUGAUCCUGCGUUUUGCGUGGACUAUCCAGAUCUCCCUCACUUCCAUGCAAAUCUUUCCGUACGCUGGGGACAUCAUUUCUACUGUUUUUGCCCCACUUGAGGUGUUCCGGCGGUUUGUGUGGAACUUCUUCCGCCUGGAGAACGAGCACCUGAACAACUGUGGUGAGUUCCGUGCCGUGAGGGACAUCUCCGUGGCACCGCUCAACGCCGACGACCUGACGCUCUUGGAUCAGAUGAUGGACCAGGAAGAUGGCGUACGAAACCGCCGCAAGAACAAGCAGUGGAAGCGCAGCCAGAGCGUGUCCUUGCGCAGACCUCGUCUUGCUUCACAGUCCAAGGCUUCUGACACUAAGGUGUUGAUAGAGGACCUUGCGAAUGAAGUGAACACAUGAGGUGGCCAUGGUCUCUUAUUCCACGUCCUUUGUUUUCUCGUUCUGUUCCCCUCUUCCCCAAGUAACCCGAUCUCUGGUACAGUUCCAGCUGAAAACAGGAGAAAACACUGAACACGUUUUCCGAGCUCUUCCAGACCAGAUCCUAUGGACUCCAACAAGCUCACUGUGUUUCGUUUCUUUUCUUCUGGGUUAAUUUUAAUGUUCUAUUUUAAAAAAAAAAAAAUAAAAUAUUUUACUUUGUUUUGCCAAUAAAGAGGACAGUUCGGGAAAGAA